UCUCUUUAAGAGAUUAGGCACAGGCUGCUAGUCCUCCUCCAACUGAACGCGUAGUUUGACAGCCAACUGACAGAGAGCCUUAGAACUGCAAGCUAGCUUUCCACUGAACUUCACUUUUACCCAAUUUGGAAAGGUUGGCUAAACCCUAGAUGUUGCAAUGGCUCUCAUGCGACUACGGCCCAUGUGUUUGACCCAUUUGUCACCAAGAGGAAGAAUUUCUCUUUGUGUAAAUAGCCUCAAGUACAGAGUUUCUGUAUCGCAAUCUCCCCGGCAUCUAGCCAUUGAUAAGACAGUUGUAACGCAUAACUUCCCUUCAAAGUAUCUCCCACUGACCAUCUCUACAUGCCGACCACCAUUCAAGACAUUAGUGUUUCCCACUUCUGUCAACGCUAUAUGCUUUCGUGCUAUUUCGACAAACCGGCACUUCUCAAAGGAAAACCAGAACGGCCAGCCUUCCUUUAGUAAGACAAAAGUGUCGUCAUCUGUCCUGGAGGGUGAGACGCUUGCCAUGGGCAUGUGGUCACUAGGCCUUGGUGCUGUGGGGGCCGCCAUCGCCGGCUUAAUACUUGCAAACACUGACUUCCUGCUGACUAAAUCGCCACCUGCUACUGUAGAGUAUCUUGGGAAUGCUGAUCUCAAAACCAUCGACAGUGAUGAGAGGAAUUUAAAAGCGAAAAUUCUCUGGGAGAAAUCUGGUGCAGUGAUCAUGGCUGUCCGGCGACCUGGAUGAUUUUUGUGCAGAGAGGAGGCCUCUGAGCUGUCCUCUCUGAAGCCCCAGCUGGAUGAGCUCGGGGUCCCUCUGUAUGCUGUUGUGAAGGAGAAUGUAGGUACAGAGAUUCAGGACUUCAGGCCUCACUUCGCAGGGGAGAUUUUCUUGGAUGAAAAGCAAGCAUUUUAUGGGCCACAACAGAGGAAGAUGGGUGGGCUUGGUUUCAUUCGCUUGGGAGUUUGGCAAAAUUUUAUAAGGGCCUGGAAGUCAGGAUACCAGGGCAACAUGAAUGGAGAAGGUUUCAUCCUGGGAGGGGUGUUUGUCAUCGGAUCUGGUGAACAGGGGGUUCUUCUAGAGCACAGAGAAAAGGAGUUUGGGGAUAAAGUCAGCUUAGAGUCUGUUCUGGAAGCCGCUAAAAAAAUUGUGGUAGAAAAGUAAAUGCUGUAUAAAGUUUGCAAAUCAAAAUAGAGAUUAAGGAAAGUUCUCCCUUGAGUCACAAUCCACCUCAUCACACUUCAUUCUCACACUAAUGCUGUGAAUAGACAAAAGCUCAGGUUGUUAAAUUGUUGGCACUGACUGGCACACUUUAAGAGCUAAGUGAUGAUGUCACAGAGUUGCGUGUGGCCUCAUUUUAAUUCUGGUGCUUUAGUACUUACAUAUGAGAGUAAUGUUGUGUAAUUAAGUAAUAUUGUUUUUGCACUUUAGAAAUUGUUUGUCAUGAACCAUUGUAUUGUUGUUUUUCACCUUAUUGCAUUCCUUUGGUUGCCUGCUGCCACGCUCGUGGUUUUUGGUGGUAUGUGUUUUAAUGAUAGUCUGACUCCAAACUCCAUGUUGAAAGAGCAGAUUUGAUGCCAACACAUGCCUACAUACCCGCUGGUUUUUGGUCAGUGAGCAGCCAAAGGUUCAGCUGGGGCUGGACACAAUCAACAAUAAACGUCACCUCCAAAUA